GGCGGCGGCGGUGGGGAGGUUUGUACUACGUCGGCUUCUUGGCCGGAAGCGAGAAGAGGAGGAAGGAGUGUUGCAAUGUCCAGGGGUUUGAAUUUUAAGGCGGGGGGCUAAUUGUCGCUCUUAAGCUUAGAAAUGCUUGGGUAGAUAUAAUUCUCCGCUUUAUGAGAAGAGGGUAGAGCGCGCACGGAGGUGUAAGUGGUCACGUGUUCUCGAUGCUGGUUUAGGAGCACCUAAACCAUCAUCUUAACUUCGCGCUUCCGCCUGGCUCGCUUUAAAAGCCGUUUUCAGAGAGGCGGAACGCCCGGAUUUUAUUCUGGUGCGCGCUCUGCUACCAGUUGACUGUGUCCUUGGGCUCUUCUCCGCUGCUCAGUAUCCUUCCUCAUCUAUAUAUUGAAGGACAGGCAAGUCCCUUAGUCACCGUUCAGUUUUUCUGAGUAUUAUUAUAUGUCCAUUAUGUCAUCUGAGCCAGAAAGUCUUGGGGGCUAAAUAUCGUUGACCCCAUUUUACAAGGAAGACGUUGAGUCCCAGGGUGAGAGGUUUGAUGACUUCUUCAAGAUUGAACAGAACGUUUGUAAAGAUUUCAGACCUUGAGGGUAGAAAAUUGUGCUCUAACUCCGUGGUCGGGUUUCCUUUGUGUAUUUCUAUAUCAUUAGUUCCUGAAACUGGACCAUAGCAGUUACUCAAAAAGUUUUGAGUGAACCAGUGAAUCUUGAUGUUAAGACCAAUGACAGAAGCAGAUCUGGUGUCUUUACCUCUCUGAUGUACUAAGUAGUGUAAUUCUUCUCCAGGUGUAUCCUGUGCUUUUCUUGAUUGGGGACUCGGAAUCCAGUCUAAAUUCUUCAACUUAAUUAGACACCAUGGAGGCACCUCCGGUCACCAUGAUGCCUGUCACUGGAGGCACCAUUAACAUGAUGGAGUACCUGCUGCAGGGAAGUGUUUUAGAUCACAGUUUGGAAAGCCUCAUCCACCGCCUACGUGGUUUGUGCGACAACAUGGAACCUGAGACUUUCCUUGACCAUGAGAUGGUUUUCCUCCUUAAGGGCCAGCAGGCCAGUCCUUUUGUCCUAAGGGCCCGGCGCUCUAUGGAUAGGGCAGGGGCACCCUGGCAUCUGCGCUACCUGGGACAGCCUGAAAUGGGAGACAAGAACCGCCAUGCUCUGGUGCGAAACUGCGUGGACAUUGCGACAUCUGAGAACCUCACUGACUUCCUGAUGGAAAUGGGCUUCCGCAUGGACCAUGAGUUUGUUGCCAAGGGACACCUGUUCCGGAAGGGCAUCAUGAAGAUUAUGGUGUACAAGAUCUUCCGUAUCCUGGUGCCAGGGAACACAGACAGCACCGAGGCGUUGUCACUCUCCUAUCUGGUGGAAUUAAGUGUUGUUGCACCAGCCGGGCAGGACAUGGUUUCUGAUGACAUGCGGAACUUUGCGGAGCAGUUGAAACCUCUGGUUCACCUCGAGAAAAUAGACCCCAAAAGGCUCAUGUGACUAAGGCAGUCCGUCCACCAUUGGGGUCUGUCGUCACCUGUUACAAAAAAGACUUUAGGGCCGGCCCGGUGGCUCAGGUGGUUAGAGCUCCAUGCUCCUAACUCCGAAGCCUGCCGGUUCGAUUCUCACAUGGGCCAGUGGGCUCUCAAUCACAAGGUUGCCAGUUCGAUUCCUC